ACAUGAAAUCCCAGGGCGACGAGCCAACCGUGUGCCUCGCGACCUCAGAGAUACACGCCUCGACAACAACAAAUGAAGUAAUCCGUCCCGUCUCUACGUAUCUUAUUUCCUUGCCCCAAGGCACUCGGACCAAAAGCUUGCUAGCAAGCGGGCAGCGGUGCAUUUUGUCGGGGGGAGCAUGCAUCACGCGGGCAGGUGCGAGUGCUCAUUGGGGAGGCAUGCUCCGGGAAGAAUACAACCUCAAACAAGCUAUAAUAACACACUAUGUACAAUAGGUGUGUGUGUGUGUGUGUGUGUGUGUUGUGUUGUGCCUGGCUAUCUCCCCCUCUGCAGGCCAGGCGACGAUGCGGGGAAUGGAAUGGAGGUGGCGGAAUGACGUUGCGAGAGAUCCCGCUCCCAAGGCACGCGACAAGCUCAUUGGGCUACGCCGGGAAAUCGAAUCUGGGCGGCUCGGCCUCGGCCCCUGUCGUCGGCGGCGAGGUCGAAUCAUGCUUUCCCUACGAUUGCUACGAUGGCCCCCCAAAAAACAAGUUUAAUGAUCCAUCUCCCAAGCUCAGUAGUUCCUCGUUCUAUUAUUGCAUGUUUGUACGUACAUACUCUGUUGUCACUUAGAUAGGUAGGUAGGUAGGUAGGUAUGUACCGUACUUGAUAAGGAGAAAAUGUAUAGCAA